CCACCACGCUGGGGCUGGAGGAACCGGCCCAUCAACAUGAACCACUACGCCAACAAGAAGAGCGCGGCGGAGAGCAUGCUGGACGUGGCGCUGCUGCUGGCCAACGCCUCGCAGCUGAAGGCCGUGGUGGAGCAGGGCCCCAGCUUCGCCUUCUACGUGCCCCUGGUGGUGCUCAUCUCCAUCUCGUUGGCGCUGCAGAUCGGCGUGGGCGUGCUGCUCAUCUUCCUCGUCAAGUACGACCUGAAUAAUCCGGCCAAGCACGCAACGCUGGACUUCCUCAACAACCUGGCCACGGGGCUGGUGUUCAUCAUCGUGGUGGUCAACAUCUUCAUCACGGCCUUCGGGGUGCAGAAGCCCAUGGUGGACGUGGCACCCCAGCAGUAGGGCACGCAGCAUCUGGAGGGCUCACUGGAGCUGAGAGGCCUGGCUUCCCUGAGUCAACCAGGAGCUCUGUGCCCUGCUGACCCCACUCAGCACACAAGCCAUCCCUGGCAGGGCUGUGAACGACUCCCUCCGUCUGACCAGGGCUGACCAGGGCGGUGAGAUCUAAUCAAACACGUCACACCUGCCCCUUCCACACCUCACAGUCUACACCCGCCUGCUGGGACAGGACCUGGCUACAGGGUGUAGACAGACCUCCCCCUUCUGCGAUACAGGACAAGGCCCAGCAUGGGAAGCGCUUCCCAGACCACACAGCCCCUCCUGCUGCUCUGGCUCUAAGGGGGCAAGCCCGGGCCUGAGGACACCCAGCCCAGGAGCAGGGAGGCCUGGUGGGAUAGGGUAUGCCUGGGCCAGCCACACCACGGCCAUGUGACCCUGGAUUUGUCCCAGACAUGGAGUGACCUGCUGAGGGGUGGGCGCUCCUGGCAGGUGCCUGCCUAGCAGUCACAGGAGAGCGGGCAGAGCCACCUGGGCAUGAGGCAGAGUACCUGUGUGCUGGGGACAGUGAGGACCCCAAGAGGCUGCAGUGGACAGUGGGCCGGGGCGCUGGGUGCUGGGCGUUCAGCUGUACAGGAGGACCCCGAGAGGCUGCAGUGGACAGUGGGCCGGGGCACUGGGUGCUGGGCGUUCAGCUGUGCAGGAGGACCCUGAGAGGCUGCAGUGGACAGUGGGCUGGGGUGCUGGGUGCUGGGCAUUCAGCUGUGCAGGUGAGUCGGGAGUGCCUGGUCCUGUGGUGGCCCACGGCCUCCUGGGCACCGCGCCCAGGGCCUUCCCCACUGUGGGGCACCCUGGCCCUGUGCCUUGGCGAUGGACCUGAAGCCACCUUCUUGCCAGGGUGGGAUCUGGGUGUCCCAUGUAGCAUCAGAUCAGCUGCCCGCCUGAGUAAGUUGUCCCCUGCAGAGGCUGGGUGCCCUCCAGCUCUGUCACAGCAUGAUGGCCAGGUCACUUACUGACUGCCGAAUGUGUACCCCAAGUGCUGUCCUUGACUGUCCCUGACACGUGCCAUCUGCCAGCUGAGAGGGUUCUGGGGUCUGUGGGCACCUGGGCAUGGGGACCCGGCGGUGCCCUCAGAGACCUUGAGCUGAGGGCCACCGAGCACCGUGCCAGAGUAGGUCAGGGUGGUGAGUGACUGUGGUCAUAGCCGCCUGGCCCUGGCCCCAGCCCUGUGCUAGACCUGGUCUUUCAAUCCUGGCACAGCCCAGGAAGAGUAUCAUCAUCCUAUUUCCAGAGGGGAAACUGAGGCCCGGAUGCUCUGGUAACUCACCAGGGCAGAUCCUGGCUCCCCACUCCCAAGUCUGUCUGAGUGGCGCUGAUGCUCAUGGACUGGUCCCUGGCUCCGCCAUCAGCCAGCAGAUGCCCUGACCCUCCUCCUCACUCUCCU